GUGAGACUGCGUCUCAAAAUAAUAAUAAUAAUAUACCAGUCUGGUAUAUUUGGGGGUGGCACAUCUUUCACUUCUUCGAGGGGCAUGUAAGUUUUCACAACUCUACUAUUAAGUGUAUACACAUGAAACUUAUCAAUGUCAUUUAAGUAGACAUUCAUCUCUAAUAGUAUAGAUGUCAAAGAACAAAGUCAUCAGACACACCUUCUCUUCCAGAGUGGCCUGCCAGGUCAGAUGAUCCUACCUGGACCAGCUUCUCUUCAAACACUAUGAGAUGUUUUCUGUUACUUGUUACUUGAUUCAGUGACAAACAUCAUUAUCAACCAAGCAACAGAAUGAGGUAGGAUGUGAUUUCCAUGAAAUUGUCCCAUUUAUUUAGACAAAUCCUUCACUGAGUAACCUCUAAUGGUAGCUAACAAGGCACUAAAUGCUGGGUAUCACAGAAUUCUUUCUGGCACAAUAAACCACAGGUAAGCAUUUAUCCUCCAGUAGGACCAAGUAAUUCCUCAGGUCAAACCUCAGUUUAUUCUUAGACAAAUCCUAGGCUUCUUUGGAGUGUAGCUCACUGACUUCUUUUGCCCAGACUGUGACCUAAGCCCCGACAUGUCCAUUGAGCACAGGCUUCCAAGAAACAUCUUAAACAGUGCUCUCUGCCCUUCCCUUCCUUUUCUGGGCCCCCAAGAGAAGUCCUAGGCACAAGAAAAGUAUCCCAAAGUAAAGAUGAUGGGAAUAGCCUACUGCCCAGACGCUACCUUGACCUAACAUCAAAUCAUACCUAGAGGGAAUCUAGAGCUGCAAGGAGUGGCAGUGAAAGGGUAGGUAGCUCUGAAUCCAGGUAGAGAAUAUGUGAGAUUGAGAGACAUGGAGAAGACAGGGGAGUUUGACCAGAGUAAGAUAAACGGCAGGCAACCAUCACCACAAAUGGGAAAAGGAGAGGGAGAAGAAUGAGGAUUGGAAGUAGACUGAAAAACGAAAAAAGACUAACAGAGGGUAGAGUGAGAGUGUGUAGCAGAGAGAGUAGGAGAGGAGAAAAUAAAGAGGAAUGGGUGGCAGAACUGAAAGUUAAGGAGGAAUAUACGUAUCAUCUAUAAGCAUCUGAAGGUGAGGAUGGGUGCAGUGGCUCACACCUGUAAUCCCAGCACUUUGGGAGGCCAAGGCAGGAGAAUCACUUAAAGCCAGAAGUUCAAGACCAGCAUAGGUGACAUAGUGAGUGACUGUCUCUAUAAAUUCUUAAACAAAAAAAAAAAAAAAAAAAAGUAUAAGCAUCCGAAGGUGGAAGGGAUCUGAUAUAUCCUAGCUCCAAAACAACAUGAAAAGUAUAAGACAGACUUAAUAUGAACAUAACAACUCCCUAAAAGUUACAAUAGAGAGAUAAGAGCAAAAGAAUUGUGACUGGUCAUUCUUUGAAAAUGGAAAAAGAACAAGAUUUAUUGCCAGAGACAAAGAGAGAGUUGAAAGUUCUCUGAAGCUCCAUUCUAGAAAGGUUAGAUAUAUGCCCUGCUCAUAGCUUCCCUUUUCACACAGGGAUGGUUGGAUCCUUUCCACCCAAUUGUGUGUAACCGUAAAUUCCAGCCCCAGGAGGAAAACCGUCUCCUGUUAGGAAGGCAUGCAUGAGCCCCCACCCAGCCCUCAGCUCCAGCAUGCACAGCAUGGGUGGCUGCAGUAGCAGCAGCAACUGCUGGGCGAGUGAGUCUGGGAAGAGGUGGGUGACUGGGAAGAGCUUGACAUGACUGUCUCCAAAAAGGUGCAAAUCACUGUUAGCUGAGGGACAAUCCUGAGGAUUAGAAUGUUUUUAUUUUCCCUGAAACUUCAACCCAUUCAUCAUUUUAAAUUAAGUACACAGAGGUUGAGCAUUUUUGCUUCUAGAAAAAUACACCUUCAAAUAUCUCAAGUGCUUCCUAAAUACAAUCUUCUAUAACCUGAUAGCCACCAAUCCUUUCCCUCACACACUCCAUUCUUCAAUUCCUAAAACUUUUCCUCAGUUGGCAUGGGUCCCAGACCCAAUUAUCUUAUUUUUUUACCUCCGAAUACAUCUUGGUUAGUGGCUAAUCCUUCAAUAUUGAGGGCUCUGGAACAGAUGCAAUACUUCACUUGAUGCCUGAUCAAACCAGAGUAAAGAACAUUACAACCAGCACUUUCUUCAUGUGUUGAUAUUAUGAUUCUAUGUAUGCAGCCUGUGGUGACCCUGGCAUUUUCACCAUAACACUGCCAAAUUACUAGUUUACUAAGUUCCAAAAGGUUGACCACCAUUCAUCCAUCCUGUUUUAUAAUUGGGCUUCUGGGACUAAGUGGGUACCUUCUAUUACCCCACAGCUAUACCCUUGUGCUUUUCCCAUCUUCCCUCCUCAAGCAGGCCCCAGAUGCUAAGGAACGGCAGCAUAGUGAUGGAAUUUAUCCUCGUGGGCUUUCAGCAGAGCUCCACUUCCACACAAGCAUUGCUCUUUGCCCUCUUCUCGGCCCUCUACAGCCUCACCAUGGCCAUGAAUGGCCUCAUCAUCUUUAUCACAUGGACAGACCCCAAGCUCAACAGCUCCAUGUACUUCUUCCUCGGCCAUCUGUCUUUCCUGGAUGUCUGCUCCGUCACCACUACCAUCCCACAGAUGUUGAUCCACCUCGUGGUCAGGAACCACAUUGUCUCCUUUGUAUCUUGCAUGACCCAGAUGUACUUUGUCUUCUGUGUUGGUGUGGCCGAGUGCAUCCUCUUGGCUUUCAUGGCCUGUGACCGUUAUGUUGCUAUCUGCUACCCACUUAACUAUGUCCAGAUCAUAAGCCAGAAGGUCUGUAUCAGGCUUGUGGGAACUGCCUGGUUCUUUGGGCUGAUCAAUGGCAUCUUUCUUGAGUAUAUUUCAUUCCGAGAGCCCUUCUGCAGAGACAACCACAUAGAAAACUUCUUCUGUGAGGCCCCCAUAGUGAUUGGCCUCUCUUGUGGGGACCCUCAGUUUAGUCUGAGGGCAAUCUUUGCCGAUGCCAUCGUGGUAAUGCUCAGCCCCGUGGCUGUCACUUCCUAUGUGCACAUCCUGGCCACCAUCCUCAGCAGAGCCUCCUCCUCAGGUCGGGGGAAGACUUUCUCUACUUGUGCCUCUCACCUGACUGUGGUCAUCUUUCUCUACACUUCAGCUAUGUUCUCUUACAUGAACCCCCACAGCACACAUGGGCCUGACAAAGACAAACUUUUCUCCCUCCUGUACACCAUCAUUACCCCCAUGUGCAACCCCAUCAUUUAUAGUUUCCACAACAAGGAAAUUAAGGAGGCCAUGGUGAGGGCACUUGGAAGAACCAGACUGGCCCAGCCACAGUCUGUCUAGCAGGAAGGCCCUGAAAGGAAAGCUCCUUCACCUGGGGAAUGGGAGAGUUACCCCUUCCCCAGCCCUGGCAGAUGAGUAACUCUCCUAUGCUGAAAGUCUCCAGGAAAGAGCGUUCAUGGCUUCCUUGGCACUCGAAUCAGACCUGAAAGUUCCUCCUGAUGUCCAAUGUCCUAUGUUAUCUCUCUGACUUCACUUCCACAUUGUUUUUUCUUGGACCUUCCUCGGGAGAAUUUCGGAUUUUCCUUAGUUUCUUUUCCUCUUAAGUUCUCACAACAGGAUUCAAUAAAUAAGUGCACUUAACUCCAUUUUAUUUGUAUAUACCUUUACAUGCUAGUCCCCCAACCUGAGUUUCAUACAUACAUUUAGAAAUAAACUCUUAUUUUUCAGCUUUUCAUUUUGCUGUUUUUCUUUCUCAAAUUCCACUCUCACUUCCUGGGUCUACCCUCAUCUACCCAAUUCCUAUGAAAAGUAGGUAAAGAAGCAAGAAAAAAAAGGCUGGGCGCAGUG